UAGAGCUGCUUCUCUCUUUCUGUUUGGUGUCUACAUGGGUGGACAGACAUUUUGAAAAACUUGCUCGGUGAAAAUUUCUUUCAUAAAGUGAUGAAAAACUUUACCUUUUGGGACAAAAUUUGUCUCAAUCGUUCCAGAGGGCGGUGUGCUAAAGGAAAACAGUGAAUUGAAGACAAUUUUGUGCGAAAUAGUUGGGAAAAAGUGCAGCGACCGAUAGACUAGCCCAAUAUUGAUUUUCCAUUUUCUCUCGAUGGCUUAAUUUAUGGGCAAACUUGGUCGAUGUCUCGCAUAUGGUGCUGGUGAAAUUACUUGCAAUGAGUCAAUAUCUGGCAAGAAUGAACCAACUCUUUGUAGUUUAAACCGAGUCAUCGCGGGUAAAUCCUUAAAACGCAAUAUAGUGGAACGAAUUCUACUGGAAGCAGAAUCGUUGUAGGUUGAUAAGAAAAUUGACAUUUUUUUUUGUUAUCUCGGUUGUUCGACCACUAAAGUCUCACACUCUCUCUCAUUCUGUGUGUUUUUCCUUGUUCCCUCUCGUCUCAUUAAAUUGUGUUUAUAUGGUGUAGAGUGAUUGGUGAAGAGCCAGUUUCGGCUAUAUAUGCACUUUGGUGUAGAUGUGAAGUACAUUUUAUAAAGCAGCUCUGUUGCUUGCAAGAAGAAAAGCUAAACUUAAGGUGGUAUUGGUGUGUGCGAACAGAUUUACGUAGAAACAAGACGGUGAUGAAUCAAAAACAGCUGUGUGUGCAAAGUGUAUGGAAAAAAGUGUCGUACAGGGAGAGAUUUGCAGUGUAAGACUGAAUAUUGGAGCCCUGCAUCAUCGAAUGACAGAUUCAAGAACCUAAUAAUAGCGUGAAUCAGCAGCAGCGAUAGCUGCGUUCGAGUUGUGAUACACAAUCAGAGUAGAGAGAGAAACAGUCGUCGUCAGCAGUGAGUGAGAACAGAACGCCGCCCGCCCGCCGCCGCAACCGCGAAAAAACCGACGGGUAUGCACUUUAAUGGACACACGGAGACGUCUAAGUGUCGUCUAUGGCCGACUCGGUUGGUAAGCAAGUGCUCUCUGCAGUGACGGAGGGGCAUCAUCAUCACCAACAGCAGCAGCAGCAGCAUCAUAGAAAUCAUCAGCAGCAAUCAGCUAGCAGUAGUGGUAACGCCGGUAGUAGCAGCAGCAGUCGGAGAUCUCGUGCCAGAUCUUCGCAAACGGCCGCCGCCACAAGCCAGAAGCACCACCAGCAGCGAGUCGUCGUCGUAAACACGGCGGAGCAGCAGCCAACAACCGCCGCCAACAGGAAGCGCAAGCUCGAGGACGCAACCGCAACCCACUCGACGCCGUCGCCGGUCGCGUUCCGAACCCGGUCACGCACCGUCUCGAAGGAGGUGCCACUGGCGGGAGCGCCGGUGGACGUGCGCAACAAGCGGCACAGUCACGGCGGCAGCAGCACUUCUCAUGAGAGUACAAAGAUUGCCAGCAGCGCAGCCCACGCCACCAGUAGCCACAGUUCCGGAAGGGCCACGCUAAUCGCCUCGCCGAGCGUCGCGUCCUGUCAGUUUUCGUCGUUGACGGCCGCCGUUGCCGGCCCCAGCGGAAGUCGUGGAGCAAUAGAGAAGCGAAAGCGCAAGAAAAGCGGCCAGCUUAGCAAGCAGUUGGUGGAGCAAUACCUGCAGGAGGAACCGGCGGAACGCCGGAGAAGCAAAUCGGGUCAGCAGAAGCAGCAGGUCAGCGCAGAGGAGGGACGUAGUCUACGUUCCACGCAUCAUCAGCAGGAAGUAGGAGGAGGGUUAACGGGAGCAGCCGUGCCGAAGAAGCGUCAGAAAGUGGGGGACCAACACCAGCAACCGGACGGUACGGCCGGCAGCCAUAAAGCCCCGAACCUGGGGGCACGUCUGGCGCGUAGCAGCGGAGGUAGGGAGCCCCACCAGCAGCAGCAGCACCAACAACAGCAGCAGCCGCAGCACCAUUUCGGUGCCGGUGGUGGUCACUUGAGCAGUAGCGCAGCAGGAGGAAGUCAGGGGCACCUACCCAGUGGCCUGCUAAGACGUAGUUCUCGUGGCAAAGGUUCCCAUCAAUCCGGCACGACGGGUUCUUGUGUCAGCUCGAACACCGCCAAUCCCAGCCAGCAGCAGCAGCCACAAUCUUCGUCGCAAUCAUCGCGCUCGGGCAGCCACCGAGGCGGUGGUGGUGGCAGUUCCGGUAGCACCUCCGGGAACCUCCACUUGUCGGCUGGAACGUCCGGCACCAAGGGCUCGUCUUCGAAGGGGUCGUCGUCGUCCAACAAUAACAACUCCACGAGCCUCGUUGGCUCUGUGGCUGCGGCGGCGACGGCACCCGGUCCCUCCCACAGCGCCAUGGCCAGCGAUGGCUCCCGCAACAACAACAAUGAUCACCACCAUCAGCAGCAGCAGCAGAACUCGUCCAGUUCUUCCCAUCCGUUCAUCAAGCUACACAAAACCACCAGUCUGGGUUCGUCCAGCGCGCAAUCGUCGGCCGGAACAUCCACGGCCAUCGAUGUCAACAUGCUGAACAUGGCGAACGCGGCCGGAGCCACUGCGUCCAACUCGGCGAAUCUGGGAGGUGCCGCGGGCGCUGCCGCCGCAGCCGUCCCCCAUCCGGACUCGGAAAGUGACGACAGCGAAGUAGGACGGCUGCAAGCCCUGCUGGAAGCUCGUGGAUUGCCCCCACACCUGUUUGGUGCCCUCGGCCCUCGAAUGCAUCACCUGUUGCACCGGACCAUGGGCGCCAACAGCAGCUCAAAGGCGCAACAGCUGCUCCAGGGAUUGCAGUGCCAGGACGAAAGCCAGCAGCUCCAAGCAGCGAUCGAAAUGUGCCAAAUGUUGGUCAUGGGCAACGAAGACACCCUCGCCGGAUUCCCCAUCAAGCAGGUCGUCCCCGCGCUAAUCACCCUCCUCCGGAUGGAGCACAACUUUGACAUCAUGAACAACGCGUGCCGAGCGCUCGCCUACAUGCUCGAAGCGCUGCCCCGCUCGUCCGGCACCGUGGUCGACGCCAUCCCGGCGUUCCUCGAGAAGCUGCAGGUCAUCCAGUGUAUGGACGUGGCCGAGCAGAGCCUGACCGCGCUGGAAAUCCUCUCCCGUCGCCACAACAAGAGCAUCCUGCAAGCCAACGGCGUGUCCGCCUGUCUCACCUAUCUGGACUUUUUCUCGAUCAACGCACAGCGCGCCGCCCUGGCCAUCACCGCAAACUGCUGUCUCAACCUGCACUCGGAGGAGUUUCACUUUGUGAAGGAAUCGCUCCCGCUGCUAGCCCGUCUGCUCGCCCAGCAGGACAAAAAGAGCGUCGAGAGUAUCUGUACGGCGUUCUACCGCCUGGUGGACAGCUUCCAGCACGAUCCCACAAUUCUGCAGGAAAUCGCCAGCAUGGAACUGCUGAAAAACUGUCAACAGCUGCUUGUGGUGACGCCGUCGGUGCUCAACUCGGGAACCUUCACCAACGUGGUGCGAAUGCUGAGCGUCAUGUGUGCCAACUGCCCGGAUCUGGCCAUCACGCUGCUCAAGAACGACAUCGCUUCGACGUUACUCUACCUGUUGACCGGCUCGGCUGACCCCGUCACCGCAGACGUCGAACUCGUACCGCGAUCUCCUUCGGAACUGUACGAAAUAACCUGUUUGAUCGGCGAGCUGAUGCCACGCCUGCCAACCGAUGGCAUCUUCGCGGUAGAUUCACUCCUAGAACGAACCCAAGCCAACGUCCAGGACGCCGUGCAGUGGCAGUGGAAGGACGAUCGGGGCGUGUGGCGGCCGUACUCGUCGAUCGAUUCGCGCAUGAUCGAGGCCGCUCACCUCAACUCGGACGACGAGAUCAGUUUGAGCACCCUCGGACGCACCUACACGAUCGAUUUCCACUCGAUGCAGCAGAUCAACGAGGACACCGGAACGACGCGGACCGUGCAGCGCAAGAUCAAUCACGCACUGCUCGCGCAGCAGCAGGGAACCAUGAUCAUAACCGCGGGCACGCUGGCAACACUUUCCACAGCUGCGUCCCUUUCGAGCGAAACCGGCGAGCCGAGCGCCGUCGGAACGGGUUGUGUCAAUCUGGCUACGCGACCUCCGAACGCCACUCGAGACGCGCGGAUUGCGUGCCUCAAGGAGGAGCGUGGAUUGGCGGCCGAAUUCAUCCGGAACCUGUUCUCGGUGCUGUACGAGGUGUACAGCUCUUCGGCUGGGCCGUCGGUGCGGUACAAAUGUCUGCGCGCCCUGCUGCGCAUGGUCUACUUUGCGAACGGUGCGCUCCUGCGGGAAGUGCUCAAGAACCAGCUCGUUUCGUCGCACAUUGCCGGCAUGAUGGCAUCCAACGAUCUCAGAAUUGUGGUCGGAGCGCUGCAGAUGGCGGAGAUCCUAAUGCAGAAGCUGCCGGAGGUGUUUGGAAUGCACUUCCGUCGGGAGGGCGUGAUGCAUCAAAUCAACCAGCUGACGGACCCAAGCAUUCCGAUUUGCGCGGCUCCGUCGCCCAAGUCGGGCGCCCAAAGCGCCCCCUCUUCGGCCACAAUCCACACGACGCACACGACGUUCGAUUUUGACAGUGCCAUUGCCUCCAGUUCAAAGACCGGCACGCAGGCGAUCGCCAUCGUUGGCGGUGCGGCCGCCGGUCCCCACGUCAAGAACCUCAACUCGGCGAUGAUGAUGGCCAGCAAGAUGAGCAUGUCGAUGCCGUCGACCAGCUCGACCCUGCUCCACUCGCCGACCAACGUAAUGCCGGGAACUUCGGCUUCGUCGUCCGGAAGCUUCACCGCAAUCAACCUAAAUGCCUCCACCAAAGCAGCGCUGCACCACACGAACCACCAUCAGCAGAUGUCGACCAGCACGCUCCACCUGGAGUCGUUGGCCACAAACAUGCAACAGCAGCAGCAACCCACGAGCAUCCCCGGGGCCAUCGCCACGCCAAACAACGGAAACAUUCUGCUGAACGCAAUCUACAACUCAGCGAUUCCAACCAAUCAACCGGGCCAUCAUCACCACCACGCCGUCGCCGCCCAUCAUCAUCAGCCGGAAGCCGGUUCCAGCAAGCAGUCCCAUCUGUACCAGACGCACCCCCACUUCUCGGACACCUUCGCGUACAACGCCGAGCAGGGCAUUCUGACGUCCCCACUCUCAGUCCCGUCCGGUGCCUGGGCCACGAUGGUGGCCACUUCGGCCGUUGCCGCGUCCCACCACGACACACGAUCUCACAGCCCGGGCCAGCUCAAGGUGUCGGACAUCCUGAAGCGCAAGGUCCCGCCCAAGCGAAAAUCCCAGAGCAGCAGCAAAUCCAAGUCGCGUCACGACGAUGCCGCCGGAAGUUCCGCGGCGGCCGCAGCCGCUGCCAUGUCCAGCGGAUCAACAACCACUUCCGCGGCCGGUUCCUCCACCACCUCGUCCGUCAUGCAGGAACUGAUCAACAAAGCGACCACGCUGGGCUCCUCCUCCGGACGGAACACGCCCUCGUCGUCGUCCAGUUCGCGAUCGCGUUUCUCGGGCGCCUCGUCCAAAACCACCUCGUUCCUGGCGUCGCUCAACCCGGCCCGCUGGGGCCGUCAAUCGUCCUCGUCUUCGUCGCACCACACAACGACGACGUCCGCGUUCGGCAAGGAUGCGUCCGGGAAUGCCCUCGCCAAGAGUCAGUCCAACUCGAACCUGAUUGCGGCCGGAAAUCGCGAGAAGGCUCGCCAGUGGAUUCGCGAUCAGUCGAUCACCUUCGUGAGCCGGUACUCGUCGGAUGGGGGAGCAGCUGGAGCCGGAGGCUCCGCAGGAUCCCUCCACCCAGCGUGCUCAAUUCUCUCCCGGUUAACCGGCGCCAUCCAAAAACUAGACGGCCACCAGGAAGACUGCUUGGGCGCGCUCAAAGAGCUGCGCGACAUUCUGAUCGAGAGCGACAUAUCACCGUUCGAAGUGAACCACUCGGGACUCAUCCGGACCAUGCUCGGGUACAUGGCCAACGAGGCGAACCAGCUGGUGGAGCGCGCCGACCGGCUGCGAAUGUUCCUGCACGUGUUUGCCGGACUGCCGUUGGACGCCAACUACUCGUCUGCGGUGGCACCGCCCUCGCUGAAUGCGGCUGCUUUUGGAGCGUUCGUCGCGAAGCUCAACGGGUGCGUCACGCAGCUGGAGCAGUUCCCCGUUAAGGUGCACGACUUUCCCGCGGGCGUCGGUGGCCGCUCGAACACAAGUGCCCUUAAGUUCUUCAACACCCACCAGCUAAAGUGCAACCUGCAGCGUCACCCCGAGUGUACGAACCUGCGACAGUGGAAGGGUGGCACCGUCAAGAUCGAUCCGCUCGCGCUGGUGCAAGCGAUCGAGCGCUACCUGGUGGUACGUGGCUACGGUGGCAUUCGCGUCGACAGCGAAGAGGACUCCGAGGAGGACAUUGACAAUAUCGACGCGGCCGCGAUGAUCUCGAUGGGUGGGCUCAAGCACAAGCUGCAGUUCCUGAUUGGGGAGCACGUGCUGCCGUACAAUAUGACCGUCUAUCAGGCGAUCCGGCAGUACUCGCCGCUGGUGAACGAUCAGUCCGAGACGGACACGGACACCGAGACGCCGAUUGGAAGUGCCAGCAUUUGGGUUCAGCAGCACACCAUCUACUAUCGGCCGGUUGAGGAGGAGUCCGGUGCGGCUGGAAGUGGGUCCAAGAGUGGGGCCGCCAACUCGUCGCGUAAAAAUAGUAAAAAUUCGCAGUCCAAGAUUAUGCGCCGUAAGCCGGAGUUUUGGAUCGAUGGGAUUGCGCCGGCCAUUGCGUCGCCGCUGGUGCCCUUCCUGGUGUCGAAGCUGCCCGAGGUGGUGACCGUGCAGGAUGCGUCGUUGGACGCGCUCUGCAUGCUGCGUAUCAUCAACGCGCUGAAUCGGCACUGGGCGACGCUGUACUUCUCGGUGCCGCAGAGUCACAUCAUCCCGCAGACGGAGUUUAUUCACUCGAAGAUCGCUGCCAAGGCCAGCCGCCAGCUGCAGGACCCGCUGGUGAUCAUGACCGGUAACCUGCCCCAGUGGCUGCAACAGAUCGCGGCCGCCUGCCCCUUCCUGUUUCCCUUCGAGACGCGCCACCUGCUGUUUUACGCGGUGUCGUUCGACCGGGACCGGGCACUGCAGCGGCUGCUGGACACCACCCCGGACCUCAACUCGGCGGACACGAGCGAGCGCGUCACGCCCCGGCUGGACCGACGCAAGCGGGCGAUCUCGCGCGAGGACAUCCUCAAGCAGGCGGAAUCGAUCAUACAGGACUUUGGUCACUCGAAGGCCCUGCUGGAGAUUCAGUACGAGAACGAGGUGGGCACCGGUCUGGGACCGACGCUGGAGUUUUACGCUCUGGUCUCCACCGAACUACAGCGCUGUGAUUUAGGCUUAUGGAACGAUAGCGACAGCUACAAGAACAACAACAACCAGCAGUCGAGCGCGAUCGCGGACAACAUUGUCAAGUCGUCGAUGAACCAGAUCGACGACGACACGGCCACGGCCAACACCAACAGUUCGCGCUCGUCACUCUCGCCGACGGCGGCCACGCGGCACCACCAUCAGCAGCAGCAGCAGCAGCAGGACAGCGAUCACAACGUCAGCGACGGAAGCUUCGUGAUUAGCAACGACAACUCGCUCAACAUGCUGAUUGAGCAGUCGGACAAUCUGCUGCUGAGCCAGAACCCGCAGCAGGCGGAGCUGGAGAACAACCAGACGCCGCCACCGCCGACGCAGCAACACUCGCUGUUGUCGCCGGCGGCCGGAAGUGCCGGGGCGGGUGCCGCUUUGUACGUGAACGCACCCCACGGCCUGUUUCCGAUUCCGCUCAGCAAAACGGCGAAAACUUCGCAGAUCUCACGCUUAAAGUACAAGUUUAAAUUCCUAGGCAAAUUUAUGGCAAAGGCUGUGAUGGACAGUAGAAUGCUCGACCUCCCGUACUCGAUUCCGUUCUACCGUUGGCUGCUGGCGGAGGAAAAUUCGCUGGCUCUGUCGGAUCUGGACCAGGUGGCGCCCGAAGUGCAGGUCACGCUGCUCCGGUUGAACGAGAUCGUCAAGCAGCGCGACCUCAUCCAGGCCGAUGCCGGGUUGGACGCGAUGGAGAAGACUGAAAAGAUUGACGCUCUGGAUCUGGACGGCUGCCCAAUCGCAGACCUGGGCCUGGACUUUGUGCUGCCCGGCCAUCCGAACAUUGAGCUGCGCCGGGGUGGCCGCGACACGGCCGUCACCAUACACAACCUGCACCAGUACAUUGCGCUGGUGACGCACUGGUUCCUGGUCGAGGGCGUUUCGCGCCAGUUUGAGGCACUGCGGGAAGGUUUCGACUCGGUCUUCCCGGUCAACCGGCUGCGCAUGUUCUACCCGGAGGAGCUGGAGAACGUGUUCUGCGGGGCGGGUCUCGGCGCGGCCACCCACCAGCGCUGGGACGUCCGCAUGCUGGCCGAGUGCUGCCGCACGGACCACGGCUUCACGCAGGACUCGCAGCCCAUCCAGUACUUUUACGACAUUCUGAACAACUACAAUCGCGAUGAGCAGCGCCUGUUUCUGCAGUUUGUGACCGGGAGUCCGCGGUUGCCGACGGGCGGGUUCAAGGCGCUCACGCCGCCGCUGACGAUCGUGCGUAAAAAGAUGGACGGCAACCAGAACCCGGACGACUACCUGCCGUCGGUGAUGACCUGCGUCAACUAUCUGAAGCUGCCGGAGUACUCGAGCCGGGAGGCGAUGCGCCAGAAGCUGAAGGUGGCCGCCAGCGAGGGCAGCAUGAGCUUCCAUCUGUCCUAAGUUGCGAGAGAGAAAGAAUUUCCACACACAC